AUGUCGGCUUCCAAAAGAUUAGUGGUAUGCGGAGGUAGCGGGUUUUUGGGGUCCAGGAUAUGCAAGUACGCCGUCCAGAGAGGCUGGGACGUCACGUCCAUUAGCCGAUCCGGCCAGCCUAAAUGGGAAACAGUGACAUCGUCGGCCUCGCCACCUUCAUGGGCCCAUAAAGUGUCCUGGGAGCGCGCCGACAUACUACGCCCGGCAACCUAUGGCCCCUUGCUCAAGACGGCCGACUAUGUUGUCCACAGCAUGGGCAUCUUGCUCGAGGCCGAUUACAAGGGCGUCGUCUCCGGUCGUGAAUCCCCGAUUACCGGCCUCCGCAAGGCGUUCGGCCCCGUCGAUCCGGACCGCGGCAUCAAACGACCACUCGACCAGAAGGCCGGUGAGGAGGUCCUGACCCCGCCGAAUCCGGCCGACCAGUUCACCUACGAAAUCAUGAACCGCGACAGCGCCGUCAUGCUCGCCAAGCAGGCCGCCGCCGAAGACACAAAAGCCUUCGCCUUCAUCUCCGCCGCCGCCGGGGCCCCCAUCCUCCCCUCCCGGUACAUCACCACGAAGCGCGAGGCGGAACAAACCAUCGCCUCCGAAUUCCCCCGCAUGCGUGGCAUCUUCAUGCGGCCUCCCUUCAUGUACGACUCCUCCCGCAAGUUUACCUUGCCCGUGGCUGCCAUGGCUGGCGCAGGGAAUCUCUUCAACACCGUGACGAGAGGCGUCUUUGGCGGCUUCAUGGGCGCCGCGGCCACGAAACCGCUGCCUGUGGAGACGGUUGCCCAAGCCGUCGUGGAAGCUCUGGAGGACGAAAACGUAAAGGGCCCGGUUGAGGUACCCCAGAUUGAGGAGCUGGCUAAGAAGUCGUGGAGGAAAAACAUGCUGUGA